CCAUUCACACAACACCCCAACACCCCAACAUCAUCCAACACACUCUCUCUGUUCAGUCACCAUGUCUAACUCACAAUCCUGGGUCCCCAUCUCCCCCAAGAGCCACUUCUCGCUGGCCAACAUCCCCUUCGGCAUCAUCUCCACCAAGUCGGACCCGACGCAUCGCCCCGCCGUCGCCAUCGGGGACCAUGCCCUGGACCUCCGCGCCUUCGCAAAGGCCGGCGGCUUUCACGCCCUGCCCUCGGUCCAAGAGCGCAUCGCCGUCUUCUCCUCGCCCACGCUGAACGACUUCGCCGCCCUGGGCCGCCCCGUCCACCGCGACGUGCGCUCGUACCUCCAGUCCAUCCUCAGCGACAACACUCCCUACGCCGGCCUGCUCAAGGACAACGCCGCGCUGCGCAAGGCUGCGCUCGUGCCCCUCGCCGAGGUACGGAACCACCUGCCGCUGGCCAUUGGCGACUACACCGACUUCUACGCCGGCAAGAACCACGCGUACAACCUCGGCGUGCUGUUCCGCGGGCCGGACAACGCGCUGCAGCCCAACUACGUCCACCUCCCCGUCGCCUACCACGGCCGCGCCAGCAGCGUCGUCGUGUCCGGCACGCCCAUCCGCCGGCCCUGGGGCCAGAUCCUCAAGGACCCCAAGGCCGAGCCCAAGGUCCCCGUGCUCGCGCCCUGCGAGAGGCUCGACAUCGAGCUCGAGAUGGGCAUGUUCAUGUGCCGCGAGAACGCGCUUGGCGAGCCCGUGCCGGUCGACGAGGCCGAGGACCACAUCUUUGGCUACGUCCUCAUGAACGACUGGAGCGCCCGCGACAUCCAGGCGUGGGAGUACGUUCCCCUCGGGCCCUUCACGGCCAAGAACCUCGGCACGAGCAUCAGCCCCUGGGUCGUCCUCGCCGACGCCCUCGAGGCCUCCAAGACGGCCGGCAUCGAGAACACGACGGAGCUGCAGCCGUACCUGCGCGAGAGCAGGAAGAACAACGUCCUGGGCGUCCAACUGGAGGUUGACAUCAUUACCGCCAGCGGGAACAAGACGACAAUCAGCCGCACCAACUCGAGGAACCUGCUCUGGUCGUGGCCGCAGAUGAUUGCGCACCACACCAUCACCGGCUGCAACCUGCGGCCGGGCGACCUGCUCGGCUCCGGCACCAUCUCGGGCACCGAGCCCGGCACGGAAGGCAGCAUCCUCGAGCAGACGCAGGGCGGCAAGCAGACGGUGAAGCUGAGCGGGGGCGAGGAGAGGAAGUUCCUCCAGGACGGCGACACGAUGGUCAUCCGCGGCUGGAGCGGCGAGGAGGGCGCGUUGGUCGGCUUCGGCGAGGUUUCCGGCACCAUCGAGGCCGCUCUGAAGCUCUUCUAGUUGUACGAGCAAGACGCUCAUCUCAUUACCUCAUACACGCAUCAAAAAGCAUUUAUUUAAAAUUGGACCAGUUUAUUCCG